AUGGCGAACACGGUGGCGGCCCCCGCCGGCGUCCUGCCUUGGGCGUGGGUGCUGUACCGAGGCGAGCCGCUGUGGCAUCAGCGGCGAGUCUGGGGCAGGCUGGCGAGUCCUCCAGUGGGAAUCACUGACCCUCUCAGCGUCCUGAUCUCGAGCCCAGACCACGACGUGCACGAGGAGUGCUACACGCCCAGCGUUCCGGACAUCGUGGCAGUGGUGUUCAGUCGGACUCGGCAGGAGACGCAGGCGAUCAGGGGCGCGCUCGACCAGGUGGCCGAGGCGGUCUUCUUGGACCGCGAGCGCGUGGCUGGCCGGCCCCUGGUGGUGCCGCCCGGCGGCGCCUACUUGGAGUUCGACUUCGUGGUGGGGGCCCCCGCCGCGGUUGGCGCGCCGGCUGCCGCAGCCGCCCCCCCGGCCGCCGCUCUGGCCGGAAUGGCUGUCCCUGCGGGUCCUGCAGCGGCCGCGCUCGUUGGAGCGCCCGCGGGGGGGCCCCCGCCGGUGGUCGGGGCUGCAGCGGUUCCCGCCGCCGUGCCGCCUGGGCCCGUCUGGCUUUUGAUGGAGACCACCAGCGCCGGAGAUCGCGGGGACGUCGUGGUGCUCAACGGCUCGGAGAAGCUCGAGGGCGACCUCAGCCUCAUGCGCGUUUGCGUUGGCUGGGUGGCGAUCAGGCAGAUCACGGUCUCACCGAUGAUCUACAAGUGCGCAGAAAGUGGUGCGGACAUCAGGCUGUUCGGAGUGCCUCCUCGAGCUGACGGCACGCGGGCGCGUCUUGCAUGGCGCGAGGUGGUGCCAAUGCUGGUGGAGAACAAUGUUUCGGGGUGGCUGCUUGACGGACCACGCACCGUGCUAUGGUGUUGCCAGUUCAUCGAUUGGGAGCGAGGAGGGCCGGUGGAGCACUUCAAUGCUUUCAUUGCCUUCUACCGCCUCAACAAAGACGACUACGGUGUCAGCCGCUACGAGAACAUCAUGAGGAUGCUGGAGCACCUCGGGUGCUGGGACAAGCUCAACCUCCCCGACCUCGUCGGGGUGGAGCUGGCCAUGAGGCAGGCGCAGCUGUACGAGUGCAUCUACUCCAUGGGGUUCGAGGCCCAGCAAGCCAGAGGCUCAGGUGGUGCUGCCCUGGCCGAUGGCGACGGCAAAGACAAGAACAAGAAGGGUCGUGGGCGUGGAGCUGGCCUACACAAGGUCGGUAUCGUGGACGAGGCGGCGGCGUUCACUGGAGCGGCACAGGAGGAUGGCCGCUCUAUGAUAUGCCCGACACCGUUGGAGCACGUCUCCAAGCAAGUGGAGCGCGACGCAGUGAUCCUGAAGCAGAUCAG